AGUCUCCGCUAAAUGGGGUUUGAAUCACGGCUAAAUAAGUUCGAUCGAUGGUGGCAAAUAGGUUAUAAAUUGCUGGCUGGAAUUUAAGCAAGUCAAAGUAAUAAAAGAACCAACAUGAUGAAUGUAAUAAUAAAUAAUUGCAAACGAACAGUCGCAAAUUUAUUGAGAGAUGCUGGUAAUCUUUCGAGAAGGAACGCUACUACUGUAACCGACUAUAAAAUCACCUGGACACGACCUGAACCAGUCUCGCCUCUUUCGCCUGAAAAAAGUGGCGAUAAGGGAUUAAAAAUUGAAGUCAAGCCAACAGAUAUUGCCAGAGGUUACGCGGAAUCAUCUGAAUUGAAAGAUGCCAGCGACAUGGUUAAAAAAAUGUUCACCUUACAAUUCCUAUAUCCUGAUAAAACAAAAAGCAUGAAGCAGGCGAAAAUUCUGGAUUUGGUAAAGAGGCAUGAAUUUGAUAGGGCAUCGCCAGAAGUUCGAAUUGCUAAUUUCACUAUCCGAAUACUUGAGUUGCAAGAGUAUUUAAAAGAACAUCCCAAGCAUUCAGCAGCAAAAGUUCAUUUGAAAAUAGCGAUUGAUAGGCGAAAAAAAUGGUUGAAACAUUUGCGAACCUGGGAUUAUAGACGUUUUGAAUGGGUUUUGGAGAAACUCAAUCUUGUUUAUACACCAUUACCCGAGCCACCAUUGCAGAUUACUAGAAAAGAUUCUUUAAGACGUUUAACAGAAAAGCAUUGUGACAAACUCAAGCAGGAUAAAUUAAACAUUUACAAAAAGGAAUUGAAAAUGUUACAAAAGCAGUUUUAUGUAGAGAAGGCGGAGAAGCUUGCGUUUAUUAGGGAGGAAGAAUUAACAUGUGGAUUACAGCCAUCAGUGAGUGAAGAGGAUGUUGCAAAAGCUAAGGAAAAAGCAAAGGAAUACCAAACAUAAAUAUAUAUUUUUACUAUAUUAUAAUUUAAAAACGACAUACGAAAUUAAACGAUUUACGAGAUAU